GAUCGGUGUUUAUCAUCCCUCCCAUCCUAUUACCGUUCACCGUCAAGGCCCGUCACGUCGUUAGUCCAACUACUUGGUAGUCGCAGCAUCCCAUUAUUCGCCCCCUUUACACCGUAUACCAGAGUCCAGGUUGCCCGCUGGUAAUGAGGGUCCAUGUAGCUCUUCUACCCCUAUAUCUGUAUUUAUCGGUAGAAUCCAAUAAGUAACUUAAUUCUUCUUCAAUCUUCGAGCCGACAUCUGCCCUUCACUCUUUUCAAUCAUUCUGCUUCCAAUCCUACUCCAAACGCUCGUUUCGUUUUUGACAACACUAACAUCAUGCCGUUUAAUCCGAUCAUAGCUUUCCUCCUAAGCAAUGCUCUUCUAAUCAAAGCAAUCACCGCCUGCGGACUCCCUUACGCUGGCGAUUUGCAAGACCUCUCUUCUUUCGCUUCCUCAAAUAGAGGCGCCCUCGCAAAGCGGCAUUCCGUUUACCAUUCCCCGCAAAAGAUCGCUUUAGACAACGUCCGUGUGUUCGAUGGCCACAAACUCACACGACCUACCACCGUCAUAAUCGACGGCACCUUCAUAGGUACCGACGCGACCAACGCUAAACACAUCGAUGGGAGAGGAGCCGUCCUCCUUCCUGGAUUCAUAGACGCCCACAUCCACCCAAUGAACGUCUCCGAUCUAGAAUCCCUGGCCAAAAAUGGCGUCACCACUGGCUAUGUAAUGGCAUGUUACUCGGCUGAGAUGUGCACUUCGCUCGGAGGCAAAGGCAACGAUGGGCUUCCCUCACUCUUGUUCUCCAGCGCCCCUGCUUCCGCACCAAAUAGUGCUCACGGCAAUAUAACCGCCCGGGUGGACCCAUCACUAGGAUCCAUCCUCAUAAACAGCACUUCAGAAGUGCCAACCUGGACGCAUCGACAACUAGCUUCGAAUCCAGACUACUUCAAACUCGUCGCGGAAACCCCAGGCCUGUCUCAGAACACGUUGACCAGUUUAGUUAAAGCCGCUCGCCGCGUGGGUAAACCGACAAUUACUCAUGCCUCGAUGUUUGAAGCGUAUGGUCAGGCUAUUCUUGCGAAAUCCGACCAUAUACACCACGCACCUCUCGAUAAACCGAUAGGAGCGUCCAUGAUCAAAGCUAUACUGCGCAACCGGCAGGUCGUCACUCCUACCCUUACCAUGAUGCGGACGACUGCGAAGAAUAACGCGCGGAAAUACAACUUCAGAGCCUCGCUGGAGACAGUACGCUCAUUGCACAAAGCCGGGGUCCCCAUCCUCACAGGCACAGACGCCAACCUUGCUCCCGGAGUUCCCGCCGGUGUCUCCUUUGGCACCAGCAUCCACGACGAGAUGGAAAACCUGGUUGAGGCCGGGAUGAGCAAUGCUGAGGCGUUGCGAGCCGCAACCAACCUACCAGCGAAGUAUUUUGGAUUGAGGGAUAGGGGUGUAAUCAGGCCGGGUAUGAGGGCGGACUUGGUGCUGGUAGAGGGCGAUCCGGUUGCGGAUAUCAAAGCUACGAGAAAAAUCAAGAAGGUGUGGAUUGGUGGUGUGGAACUGAGUGGAGUCUGA